AUGUCAGACGGCGUCAGUCCAGGUAUUCGUGCCACCAUCCGUGAACAUCUUCGUAACCUUUGGUUGAACUGGGUCAAGAAUGGCCGUUUUUACACCGCCUUACGUGAUAAGACCAAGAAUGGGAUGCAAAAAAUGCAUCCUCGCCAUAUCAAGGAAGUGUUGGCAGAUAUCUUCAAUAAGGCCAAAAAUGGGAUCAUCAAGUUCGUCAAGAAGUUGUUGAGCUCCCCAAUGAACUUUGUCAGAAUGCUUGUGGCCUUCAUGAUUGGCGAAUUGGUCGAAAGUAAAGAAUUGCACAAUAAAUUGAUGACCCAUUUCACCAAAAAGAGAAUCGCUUGA